CUGGGUAGUGAGUUGUCGGCUGUCGUUCGCAAUGUGCAUACUGCGUUCUUCAACAUUUUUGCACUCUGCUGAAUUUUGAUUACAUUGCAUUGCAUCAUUUACAUUUUUAAUGAGUGAUAUUCGCAUCAAUUUUGUAUAAUUUAGAUUAAAUGAUAUGUAAUCUGUCAAUAAAUGUGUUAGCUAAAUUAAAAUAGUUUUUCUUUCUUAGAUUAUUUGACGUUCAUACUUCAUAUCCACGUGGUGAUUGUCAAGUGAAAGAGGACGUGUUAAUUUUUAUUCAUAUUAUUUAUUAUUAAUUUGUUAAAGUUAUAAUAUACGAAAUGGAUUCGUUAAAUAUGUCUAAAUUAAAUUUAUCUACCGUUCAAAGUGAAGCUCCUAAUGAAACAAGAAAAAAUGAAGUUUCUAUAGUUAAAUAUGAAUCAAAUACAUUUUUGGAUCCAGAUGAUGAAUUCAAAUGUGAAUACAAGGAGGACAUUUGGAAAUAUUUGAUUAAACAGGAAUCUAUGAAACCAACAAUACAACUUCAGUCACCACAGUUGGAGUUUCGCGGUGCCCUAGUUCAACAGUUACGUGAAGUAUCUAAAAAGCUAGGAUUGUCCAUUGCAACUAUACACUCAGCUGUGGCUCACUUAGACCUAUUUAUGGAUGCCCAUAGAUUAAGGUCUGAUCGACUCACACACGUAGCACUGGCUUGCUUAAGUUUAGCAGCAAAGAGCGACGUAAAAUUUAGCCUAGCACCAACACUGAAAACAUUGUCAAAGGCCAGCGGUGUACAAUUAUGUGGUAACACAUUCCGGCAGUUAGAAUGGAUGGUAGGCCAGCAUGUGCGAUGGAGGCUUCUAGCGCCCACGCCUGUAACUUUUGCUUCCUUGUUGGCUCAGUAUGUUGUAACGGACAGCGAUUUGACUACAAGACAUCCGAAAUUUGUAAGGCGCUUCAGACGGGACGGCAUCAAGUUGUUGGAAGCAUAUUUAGAUUUGACAUUGUCAGACGUACGUUUAAAAGUAGUAGACAGCGUAGAAGUGGGUUGUGCGUGCGUAUCAUGCGCGCGCGCGGAGCUUGGUCUAUCCGCAUGGCCCGAUUAUUUAGCUGACGUUGCUGGAAAGACUAAUGAGACAAUCGCACCCAUUGCACGACUACUCCAUAGGAUGAUGCAAAUAAAAUCACGGGAGACUACAGAGUGCGAAGUGGAUCAAGGUUAUAGCAGUGCAAGAACAACACCAAAUAUAACACCUUCCACAUCACCACAAUAUCACAUUACUUCUAACUACCCUCAAAAUAUUUCUAAUAUUAGCUACUACCAAAAUCAGACAGAUUAUAGGUUAUAUAGGGCUAGUAGAUUAAUUGAGGCAAGCGUUGAACCCUCAACCAGUAUGGCUGUGAAACGGAUUAGAGAUCAAAGUGAAAUAGAGUUAGAUAGAAAGAGAUAUAGGGUAGCUAUUUCUCAAGCGGUUCAAUGAUUGCUAGUCUAUGCGAGGUAAGGUUAAACGAUUCUCAAAGGUUUAUUCUAAAUGACCAACAAUGAUUUUUGACUUUAUUUUUUGAGCAUGAAGGUUUUAUUUCUUGCAUAUUUUUAUUUCAUAUGUAACUAAUUUAACGAAAGAAAGGUAAAGUUAUUUUUUUAAUUCGUCUAAUGAUUCUUGGAAAUUUUUACUUGUUUUUAUAUGUCUAAGUGGGAUCAACCUUUGAGAAAUAGUAUUAUGAUACUCAUACAUAUAACAUAGCAAUAAUUUACUCUAAUGCUAUAUAUGACAGACUAUGCCCUAUAAAAAAAAAUAUGUACCAAUCCUUUCGAUUAAAAUAAUAUUUGAUUUUUUUCCAUUAUUGGAGGUUCGCAAAAUUAGGGUUGUGCAAAAUAAGAUUUUGCUUUUUAUAUGGCAUAGUUAAAUAAGUGCCUCUGACCUUAUCUCGCUAGAAAAAUCUGUACAUAUACUAAGUUCCUAUAGAUUGAUUUAUCGUCAUUCCACUCAGAAAAUUGUGGAUAAUAGGAUGUAUUAUUUAUUUGUAUGGUUAGGGGAUGUGGCUGUUAAAUAUUUCUCUUCAAUGUUUUAAGCUCUUGGCAUCUCUGCAGUCUUAUAUAUAACGGCCAUUUUUGAUAUUUGUGGAAUUGUUUAGCAACCACGUUCUUUUAGCUAAUUUUCCUUGUCGAAGUCAUUUAAAAUAUUUAUGCUUUGUUCAGCCCCUAAACUUAACCACUUCAUUCUUAUAUUUUCGUAACUAUUUUUCUGAAUAUUCUAAGCUAUUCCAGAAACUUUCAUAAUGUGGGUUGUCGAAAGUAAUUUUAACGAGAUUAAAUUGACUUCGUAAGGGUUUUUAACACAUAAAUAUGUAGAUAGCUAGCAACAAAUUAAUUAAUUGGGUUCAUAACGGAAUUACGUACUGCCAUUAACACCUUAAAUGUUGUGAACUUUAACGAAUUUUUAAUACAUCUUUUCCAUCAGAAUAGAUCACCAUUCGAUAAUCUCGUGUUUUUUAACUCGUUAAAAAUACAUGCAAUAGAAAAUGUGUAGUAUUAACGAAUAAAAAUCACUAAAGAUAGACUUACAUUAAAUUUCCAAAACAUAGAAAUUAUAUUUCAAAUCUUAAUACUCUUGUUUAAAUUGGCUAUGAUUCUGGUUUUGUAUAUGUUCGCCACGUACUUAGUAUAAAAAAAAUAACUUCGACUUUUAAUCUUCAUAACAUGUCUAAGAAUUCGACCAAAGUCAUAAAACGAACAAACUCUCGCAUCUGUCAAAUUUCUAUUACCAUUUGACAGGUGAGUAUGGCGCUAUUUUCGAAUUAUUUAUGUAAAAUGACAGCGAAGUGUAUUUAAAAAAAAGUAUUGGUUUAUAUCUGUGGUUGCUGACAAUCAUCGCUUUUUUUAGGUAAUUAGCUUAUUAAUAGUCUAUGACAUUGAUAGGAUUUGGAAGAAUUAUAUGUCCUUAUUAACUUUACUACCGUUUAUGAAAGCGAUGUUUUAUCACUAAGCCGUUUGAUUGUUCCAGACAUUACCUUAAUUUUUAGGCUAAAAUUAGUGUUUUUUUAGUGUUUAAUCUAGAACAAUGAAGGUUUUUAAAGAUAUUACGAUAGUACGGAUAACAUUUGACUGAUAACUUAAGGAAUACUAUUGGAGUUGUUGGCCAGAUGCACAUGGCAUGCCAUUGCAAAAAUAUAGAUUACAAUUAUUUAUAGACCCCAUUUCACUACAUAAAGGAUUUUAUAGAGCCAGAUAUAUCCAAUUUAGAAAUAUUCGAAGAAAUCACGGUCACCAACUCCUUAGAAUCCACUUGUCGUAAAAUCUUUGAAAAUAUACGUAAUUGUGUAUUGCGUAUGGUUGUGAACAGAGUUUAUUUUUGAUGUUGCAAACCUAUUUGGGUAUUCAUUGCGGUUAUUAAUAAUUAUUUUGAACGAUUUCCAGCCAGUUGUUUUAUCACUAUUUAUUAUUUAAAUGUCGUUGUCAUUUCGUUGCCUUGUUUGUUGUAAAAAUGUCUAGUUACCAUUGUUUAUCGAACUAUGUAAGACUUAGAUACAGUUUUUUUUAAAUGGUUUAGCAAGCUAAAUUUUCAUAUAGUUUUGUCAAAUUGAAUCUACUAUAAAUUCUUCUUUUUUUCUUAAUUUUGAUUAUAUAAUUUAUAAAAACAUUUGUUACAUGAAUUUUUCAAAGUUUUUCAAUUUAACCUAAUAUCCGAUGUGGUUUUUUUUUAAAUAUUGUCAAAACAUUAUGAACAUAGCUUGCUUCCUGGUCCCGUCAAAUUAGUUCCUCUUUGAUGUUUGGUGAUAUCUGUAGUCAUUUAAACAUAAUAAAUUAUAGUGAUUAAUAUGCUGCGCCCUUUAUAUAAAAGAUUGAUUGCUAUUAAUUAUAUGUGAUUAAAAGUAUAUCAAAUAUUGUAAUGAAUUGUAAUCGUAUCGAGUAUUGCGCAAUCGUUCAAUGUGCAUCUUAUGUAUGUACUUAGUAUUCAUAAUAAUAAAGCAGAGGAAAGUCAGGGUUGCUGCAAUAUGUUACACAUCUAAAAACUAUAAUAGAAACGGUACACAAAUAUAAACAGAUUAAAUUAAAUUGUUUUUAAAAUAGUUUGCCAUACUUUGAAUAAUUUUGUUAAAUGUGUAUAUUAUUGUAGACAUAUUGUCGUAACCCUGUUAUUAAGGCCUAAAUGGUUGGCGCGAUAGUAAAAUUAGCAAAAAUGAAUUAUAUUGCUUAAAGACUGAUGUGAAGGUUCUACUCUGAGUAUGUUUGAUAAAGGAAAUAGUUUUGUACUCGUUAAAUAAAAUUUAAAGAUGCAACUUUAAAUAAAA